UCGUUUGAAUCUUUUUUUUAAUUUCUUGACUCAAAUGCAAAUGUAUACUUAUUAGGGCAUUUUUCUUUCGUUUUGUCAAUCGGUCGAUAAUUUCCUAUUUCUUAAACCCCAAAUUUGAUUCUUUGAGCACUUCUAAAACCUCUUGAACCCGUUUCAGCCGGCAAUGGCCCUCCUCCUCCGCCGCACUCUCACCCCCAUAUCUUGUCCUUGUUGGUGGCGCCACCUAUCCGCGACCGCCGCACCCAAGCCGCCCCCUCUUCUCUGGGAGCACUCCAGCAAGACCUCUACCAGCAAGGAAUCGAUCAUCCUUCAGCUAUUCUCAUGGGGCCGCGGCGCCUCCGGCCAGCUCGGCGGCGGAAUCGAGGAAAUUCGGAUAUAUCCGGCGCCUGUUGCCACCCUCUCUGUCCCACUUAAUUUUUCGCUCUCUCACGCCAUUCCUGGUCGUCUCUCCCAAAGGUUGAGCUCCAGUGAGGCCCAAGUGGAGGUUGGGAUCUCGUGUGGGCUGUUCCAUUCGGGUUUGGUGGUGGAUGGGAAGCUCUGGAUAUGGGGCAAAGGGGACGGUGGACGACUCGGGUUCGGGCAUGAGAACCCGGUUUUUGUACCUACUCUGAACCCUAAUCUGGAAUCGAAGCUCAAGAGCAUUGCUCUUGGUGGUCUCCAUUCCGUCGCGCUUGAUGUCCUCGGCCGUGUCUUCACUUGGGGUUAUGGUGGAUUUGGGGCUCUUGGACAUUCUGUGUAUCACAGAGAACUGUUACCUAAAUUGGUAGAAGGAUCUUGGGAUGGAGAAAUAUGCUGUAUUGCAACCAGUGGUACCCAUACGGCUGCAAUCACCAAAUCUGGCAAACUUUACAUUUGGGGAAGAGAUGAAGGGGAUGGUAGAUUGGGCCUCGGCCCGGGUUGUGGCCCAGAUCAUGCAGGUGGUAACAGCACACCUUCUGAAGUAAAAGCACUGCCUGUACCCGUGGCUGCUGCUUCAUGCGGGGGAUUUUUUACAAUGGCGUUGUCUGAAGAGGGGCAACUCUGGAACUGGGGUGCCAACUCCAACUAUGAGCUUGGUAGAGGUGAUAAAAUUGGUGGCUGGAAACCUCAACCUGUUCCCAGUCUCAAAGAUGUUCGUAUAGUUCAAAUAGCUAGUGGUGGAUAUCAUUCUCUUGCUUUGACAGACAAAGGGGAAGUUCUUUCAUGGGGUCAUGGCGGACAUGGUCAAUUAGGCCACUCUUCCCUUCAUAGUCGAAAAAUUCCUGAACCAGUGGAGGCCUUAGCUAAUGAGAGGAUCUCUUACAUUGCUUGUGGAGGUUCAUCAUCAGCGGCUAUAACCGACAAGGGGAAGUUGUACAUGUGGGGGAAUACGGCAGAUAGUCAAUUAGGUGUCCCUGGACUUCGAGAUGUACAGUCAUCACCCAUCGAGGUUAAGUUUCUCUUGGAGGAUGACGGGCUCGGGGAUCACAAUGUAGUUUCAGUUGCUGUUGGUGCUUCUCAUGCAAUGUGCCUUGUUUCAAGGUCAGGUGGCUAGUAAGUGAACUUAAAACCACUUAAAUGUUUAAUGCCCAAGCAUGAAAUAUAUGACGGGUUGAGAAACUUAGGUUUGUUGAAAAGCCGAUGAACUUAUGUGUAUGCAACUUCUAACACGUUACGUUAGGAGAUUGGGGUCCAACUUUGUUGUCUUCCUCAAGCUUAGUUAAGGUUCAAAAUUUUGUUC